CAGCGAGAUGUUCCUAGGGGAACCCAAGCUGCAAUUCUGCACCUCUAGGACAAGGCGCAUCAUCGAAGUCACGCUAUGGCCGACACGACAGAGCUCCAUCAAGCAGCUGCUUUGGGGGAUUACGAUUUGGUGUCCGUUAUACUAAAGAAGGGGCUCCACGAUCCAAAUUACAAAGACAUGGACUGGAACGACAGAACGGCCCUGCACUGGGCGGCAACCAAAGGACAGUCGGAUACGGUCAAGCUGUUAAUUGAAUACGGCGCCCGGCCCUGCCUGAGGACAGACAUCGGGUGGACCCCGGCACAUUUUGCUGCGGAGUCCGGGAAGCUGAGCGUUCUCCGAGCCCUGCAUUCUCUACACGCUCCUAUCGACAUGGCAGACAUACACGGGGACACCCCGAGGAGGAUAGCGGAGAUAUACGGCCACAAAGAGUGCAUGAAGUUCCUGGAGUCCGCAGAGGUAGAGUGCCGGGAUCACCGACGGGCGGCGGAGUUGGCGGGGGACCCCUUGGAUGAGCGGGAUGAGGACUGGGAAUCUAAACGGAGCGAAUUACAAAAAGCCCAACGAAAUUCUAAAAGGGACGUCAAAGCGAUGAACAAAAAUUUCCUCCAGCCGCUGCUGAGCCGCAGGUCCUCGAAAACCGGAAAUAAAUCCCAGAAGUAAAUUUGUUGUCCGGGAAGGAAAAGGAGAUUAACAGAGAGACGUCUGAUAGAGCGACCCUCAUCGGAUAUUCCUUACCCCCUCUUACUACGGUAAUCGUAAGCAUUGAAUGGAACGUGGAUAAAGGGAGGCUAUAACCAGCAACAAAGCAAUAGAAUUUGUUUCUUACAUGACCACUGGUCUGGCAUGACAAGCAUGUGACAAGGCAGUGGUGGAUAAGUAGAGCAGCUGUCCAGCAGAGGUGGUAGAGGUUAAUACAGUGAGGGGAUAUAAACAUGCAUUGGAUAAACAUAUGGCUUUUGAAUACAAGACAAG